AUGGUAUACAAAGUAACCCGACGCCUUGUCCUCCGCACUCCACGACUCUCCGAUGCAUCGUCAUAUAUCCCCCUCUUUUUGAAUCCCCCAAAUUUCGCGCACGAACCCAUAAAGCCAAGUGACGACCUUUGCACCAUCAACGGAUGCUCAGAACAUAUCAAAGCAUUCAUAGCUUCCGCGAAUAGAGGCGAAAGUGCUCAGAUGGUGUUCGUCAUACCGACAGACCCCACAGCGCCCCUGCUGGACGAGAACAACAAGCCAAUUCAACACCCCGUCAUCGGUAUGGGCGGGAUUAACGGGUUGUUCAUGAAGAACGGGUUAAAGAGACGAGGAAAGGGGUAUGGGACUGAAGUGUUGACUGAGGUUGUGGAUAUGGCGUUUGGGGAAUAUGGUGCGGAGAUUGUGCAGCUGGAGAUUAUGGCGGUGAAUGGACCGUUUGAUUCAUUUAUGAAGAAGAAUUUUGGAGAGUUUAAGGGUAUUGAGAGGGAUGGGCGUUAUGGACGGGAGAAGGUUUGGGAGAUUUGGAGGGCUGAGUGGGAGUUGAAAACGAAGAAGGCUUCAAAGGAGAUUCUAGGCACAUUUCUUUAG